ACUACACAUACACGAAACAGCCCAUCUGGUAUUAAUGUCUCUCUACUUAUGAAUCUCUCACUUCAUCAUCAAGUGGGUUCUAUGAGAGUGACGACUCUUUGAUUCCUUCGCCACAUCUUUCUCCCCCCUUCCCUCACUUUGAUAUUAUUAUUAUCCUCUUCGUCUAAGUCCUCUCUCUAUCUCUAUAUCCACUAAAAAGCUUUUGUAAGAAGUUAGAAAACAUAUAUAUCUCUGUGUUCUGUAAGAAAAUGAGAUCUGGUGUAGAAGAUAACAAAGGAUGGAUUGGACCAUCGACUCCUGAGAUAUCCAAUGGUUUUGAGUUUCAGAAAGGUUCUAACCGUACACCUAACCAUCACCGCUCUGCUAUGGGGAAGCCUGCACCGUCGAAAUGGGACGAUGCUCAGAAAUGGCUUUCUGGUGUAGGCCUUGCUCGUGGCGGUGGUGGUGGUGGGGAGAAGAGUAGUCAUCAUCAUUCUAGGAGUAAUAAGCCGAGAAACUCUAACGCUGAUGAUCUUAGACUUAUAGCUUCGGCUUCACAAAGAGAACGUGAUGGUGAAGAUCAGUAUGUUGAGUAUGAUGAUGAAGAAGCCGCGGCGGGGAGGCCAGAGGUUGAGACUAAGAACGUUGACUGUGGUGAAUCUGUUUGGAGGAAAGAGACUAGUAUUAAUCCGACGGCUGUGAUUAGAUCGGUUUGUGUGAGGGAUAUGGGGACUGAGAUGACUCCUAUUGGGAGUCAAGAGCCUUCUAGAACAGCUACCCCGGUUCGAGCCACUACGCCGGUUGGGAGGAGUCCUGUGACUUCGCCGGUGAGGGGUUCGCAACGUGGCGAGGCGGUGGGGACGGUGACGGAGACUGUGAUGAUGGAGGUUAGGAGGGUAGAGAAUAGUAAUAAUGAGAUGAGUAAUGGCUUUGGGGAGAGUAAGAAGGCGAUGAGUGCUAUGGACGCUCGAGCCAUGGCUUGGGAUGAAGCCGAACGGGCUAAGUAUAUGGCAAGGUAUAAGAGAGAGGAGGUGAAGAUUCAAGCUUGGGAGAAUCAUGAGAAGAGAAAGGCCGAGAUGGAGAUGAAGAAAAUGGAGGUGAAGGCAGAGAGAAUGAAAGCAAGAGCAGAGGAGAAGCUAGCAAACAAGCUGGCCGCGACGAAAAGGAUAGCGGAAGAGAGGAGGGCAAACGCGGAGGCGAAGCUGAACGAAAAGGCGGUGAGGACUUCAGAGAAGGCUGAUUAUAUAAGGAGAAGUGGUCAUUUGCCUUCUUCUUUCUCUUUCUCCUUUAAGCUUCCUUCUCGCUGUCGCUGUUGGUGUCAAUAGUCUUGUGUAUUCACAUUAUUGUCUUUAGAAAUGUAAUCAUAUGGAUUUAGUGAUUCUAUAACUAAUGCAAAACAAAAAGUUCAAUGGU